CCUCACUAUUUAGCUACGUUUGUCAAAGCACAACUGUCGAUCUGGUCGUCCACACGCCGAUGAAAAUUCACGCACCCCACAAGACUCUGCAAGCCAGGACCCCGUGGCCAAAUCGUGUAAAAUGUCGACAUCACGCGCAGCCGUGGCCGAGUUGUACGGCAAGAUUGCCGAGUCGGAGAACACGCGAUUGGCGACUCACCCAAUGGAGCGCGAGAUUACCCUGCGCGCCAUUCGGCACCACCUUUCCGGCUUCGGGUCCGCUGCUGACUCGAGAAACCAGCAGAAACGCAUCGCAGACGUUGGCGGCGGGCCGGGGAAACUGGCCUUUGCGUUGGCGGAUGAGGGCCACCACGUCGACCUCGUCGACCUCAGCCCCGGCCUGAUCGACUUAGCUCGUCAAGAACAGGACAAUCGCCGCGCCAAUACCCAGGGUGAUGAACACCAGGCCCUGCUCGCGAGCAUCGGCGUGGGGGACGCGCUGGACCAGAACCUGCCCCUGGCGGCGGGCUCCUACGAUGCAGUGCUCCUCCUCGGGCCGCUGUACCAUCUCCUGGAGGAGGCGGAGCGGGUCGCCGCGGUGCGCAACGCGCUAAACCUCGCGAGGCCCGACGGCGGGCUCGUCUUCUGCGCCUUUGUCAGCGUCGAGGCGCACCUGCGGGAUCUUGCCGUGCGGGAGCCCCAGCGGCUGGUCGAGCAGAGGGAGUUUUACGCCGCCUAUCUACAAAAUGGCCGUUAUGCAAGACACAACAGCACGCUCGGGACGACGUCACAGUCCUUCCACACGAACAGCAGCGACGCCCGGGACUUCCUCCAGCGGCACUUUGCCGCGGCCGCCGACCUCGUCGGCCUGCGCUCGACCGAGGGGAUCCUGGGCGGCGGGCUCGACAGGAGCCUGGUCGGCGCAGAGCCCGAAGUGGUCCAGGCUUGGGCAGACCUCAUGUUCGAGCAGUACUCUGAGCAGGAGAGGCAUCUCGGCGGCGCAGAUCACCUGCUUGCAGUGUUGCGGAGGAAGUGACGGACUGUGUUCACUGACAGGAGUUUGUCA